AUGGUGCUCUGGAAUAAGAGUGAAGCUGUGGAGCCCGUAUUUAUCCUGAAAGGCUUCCCGGGAUUGGAGUAUGUUCACUCUUGGCUGUCGGUCCCAUUCUGUGUUGCCUAUGUCGUAGCGUUUAUCGGUAAUGUCACCAUCCUCUCUGUCAUUUGGGUAGAGUCCUCGCUCCAUCAGCCCAUGUAUUACUUCCUUUCCAUCCUGGCGCUGACGGACCUGGGCAUGUCCAUGUCCACACUGCCCACCAUGCUCUCUGUGCUGUGGUUGGACGCUCGAGAGAUCAAGGCAAGCGCUUGCUAUGCUCAGCUGUUCUUCAUCCACACGUUCACAUUUCUAGAGUCUUCAGUGCUGCUGGCUAUGGCCUUCGACCGUUUCGUGGCCAUCUGCCGGCCCCUGCACUAUGCCACCAUCCUUACCAACAGUGUCAUUGGCAAGAUCGGUUUGUUCUGUUUACUACGAAGCAUGGGCGUGGUGCUGCCCACACCGUUGCUGCUCAGACGCUAUCACUACUGCCGUGUCAACGCCCUCUCCCACGCCUUCUGCUUGCACCAGGAUGUCCUGAGGCUCUCCUGUUCCAACGCCAGGGUCAACAGUGUCUACGGAUUGUGUGUGGUCCUUGCCACCCUGGGCGUGGACUCGGUCUUCAUACUGCUGUCUUACGCUUUGAUCCUGAGCGCCGUGCUGGGGAUCGCCUCCCGGGAAGAGCGGCUGAAGGCGCUCAACACCUGCGUGUCCCAUGUCUGUGUGGUGCUCAUCUUCUUUGUGCCAGUUAUCGGGGUGUCCAUGGUCCACCGCUUUGGGAAGCACCUGUCGCCCAUUGUCCAUGUCCUCAUGGCUGACAUCUACCUGCUUCUUCCCCCCGUGCUGAACCCAGUCGUCUACAGUGUCAGGACCAAGCAGAUUCGCCUAGGAAUUCUCCGCAAGUUCACCAGAGGCAGGAGGUUUUAA